AUGCCGAAUUCCACGGUACCUGACCCUGACGUCGCUACCCUCAGGCUCCCGGAGUUUUGGCAGGUGGACUCUGAACUCUGGUUUCUCAGCGUCGAGCCACUCUUCCGAAGACACAGGGUAACUUCGCAAACAGCGAGGUACGAUUACGUAAUCGGCGCUUUACCGUCCGCUGUUGUCAUCAUCGUAAGAGACAUUCUGAGUUCUCCACCUCCUGACAAUCCCUGCGACACCCUUAAAAAGGAGCUCAUACGCCGGACAACUGAGUCGGAACAGCGUAGGCUGCAGCAGCUACUCACCUUUAAAGAACUCGGUGAUCAAACUCCUACGGAGCUUCUGCGUCGCAUGCGACACCUGUAUGGGGCCCAUUCUGCUGCAUUGGACGCAUCCAUCCUAUGCCAACUCUUCGUACAGAGACUGCCACAACAGGUGCGAAUGAUUUUUAGCGUAACGUCUACAGGAACCCCCAACUCACUAGCGCGGAUGGCCGACAAGAUUAUGGAUAUCGGUGCGCCGUCCAUAUCUGCGAUCGAAAAACCACGUGAAUUUAACCUCUGUGCACCGGUCCACGACGACCACUUGGACCGCCUUCUUCAAGCUAACGAGGAGCUCAAGCGCAAGGUGGAUCAGUUAGCCACUGAACUGAGUGCGCUCAAAGUAGACCACCGCCCCAACGCCUUACGACAACGGCGCCAAUGCCGCGAAAGAUCGCCAAGUCUGCCUCUCGGUGUCUGCUGGUACCACCACCAAUACGGAGCUCGAGCUCGUCAGUGCAAACAGCCAUGCCAGUUUGCGGGAAAGGCACGGGCCGCGCACUGA